CCAUUUGUGAAUUCAUGCAUGCUUUUAGGUUCAAAGAUCUCAAACAAGGUCAGCUCAUAGUUCUUCUACAUCUCUUUCAUGAAUUCCCUAUUAAAAAUUAGGUUAUAUUCACACAGCAGUCAAGAUCUUGGUUUUGAUUUCAUGUUUGAUUCUUGAAACUGUACAAAGUUGUCACAUUUUUACAGGUUAGAUCCACAUUGCAUCUUGGUACAUUAAAAAGAUCUAUUAUUUUGUGAUUCUUGAUGGGGUUUUCAAACACCUUCAAGAUCUUGAUCUCGGUUUCGAUAUCGAUAUCAUGUUUGAGUCUUGAAACUGUUAAUGGGUAUUAUCUUCCUGGUAGUUUUCCCCAUAGAUAUUUUGUGGGUGAUCAAUUAUUUGUUAAAGUUAACUCCCUAACCUCAAUAGAUACAGAAAUCCCAUAUGGGUAUUACACUUUGCCUUUCUGUAAGCCUCUUCAAGGCAUUAAAGAUAGUGCUGAAAACCUAGGUGAGCUGCUCAUGGGAGACCGAAUCGAAAACUCUCCGUAUCGGUUUAACAUGUACAAGAACGAAUCCGAGAUCUUUUUGUGCGAAACGAAUCCCUUAUCGAGCGAAGAGUUCAAGACUUUGCGAAAACGAAUAGAUGAUAUGUAUCAGGUUAACCUGAAUCUUGAUAAUCUUCCUGCCAUUAGGUACAUGCAAAGAGAUGGAAUAUUUCUUAGAUGGACAGGCUAUCCUGUAGGGAUUAAGGUUCAAGAUGCUUAUUAUGUCUUUAAUCAUCUAAAGUUUACGGUUUUGGUCCAUAAGUAUGAGCACAGUAACGUUGCUGGUGUGAUUGGGACCGCAGAUGCAACAGAGUUGAUCAGGCCCGCCAAUGAAACCGCCACCACCGAGGAAGGUUAUGUGGUUGUUGGAUUUGAGGUUGUCCCUUGUAGUGUGAAACAUGAUCUGAGUUUACUAAAGAACAUUGAACCUUAUAGCAAGUACCCUUCAACUAUCAAAUGUGACCCGGUUUCGGUGGGAAUGCGUGUGACCGAAGGUAAACCGAUAAGCUAUACGUAUGAUGUUUCGUUUGUGAUGAGUGAUAUUAAGUGGCCUUCGAGAUGGGAUGCGUAUUUGAAGAUGGAAGGAUCAAACGUCCAUUGGUUUUCGAUCUUGAAUUCGUUGAUGGUUAUAACGUUUCUUGCGGGUAUAGUUCUUGUGAUAUUCUUGAGGACGAUACGGAGAGAUUUGGCCCGUUAUGAGGAGUUAGAUAAGGAAGCUCAAGUUCAAAUGACUGAGGAGUUAUCGGGGUGGAAGCUUGUCGUUAAUGAUGUUUUUCGAUCGCCAAACAACCCUCAACUUCUUUGUAUCAUGGUUGCGGAUGGGUGUCGGAUUCUUGCAAUGGGCAUUGCAUCAAUCUUCUUUGCGGCUUUAGGGUUUAUGUCCCCGGCUUCGCGGGGAACCCUGAUCACUGGCAUGCUUCUGUUCUAUGUGUUAUUGGGCAUUAUUGCCGGUUAUAGCGCAGUUUGGCUAUGGCGAACGCUCUCGACCGGUGAACGUAGAGGAUGGUUUUCCGUCUCAUGGCGGGUUGCUUGUUUCUUUCCCGGAAUCUCAUUCCUUAUACUGAUUAUCAUAAACUUGCUUUUAUGGGGAAGUCAUAGCACUGGCGCGAUCCCUUUCACCACAUUUCUCAUUUUAAUCCUACUUUGGUUCGGAAUCUCGGUCCCCUUAACCUUAAUAGGAGGAUUUAUGGCCACAAAAGCUCCAUACCUCGAGUAUCCGGUUCGGAUCAAUCAAAUCCCUCGAGAGAUCCGGGCCCAAAAGUUCCCAUCCUGGCUUUUGGUCCUUGGAGCCGGGACUCUCCCUUUCGGGACACUUUUUAUCGAGCUUUUCUUCAUCAUGUCAAGCCUUUGGCUCGGGAGAGUGUACUAUGUUUUCGGGUUUCUUUUUGUUGUUGUCAUUUUGCUUGUGAUGGUUUGCGCCGAGGUGUCACUAGUUGUGACUUAUAUGCAUCUUUGUGUUGAGGAUUGGAGAUGGUGGUGGAAGUCGUUCUUUGCAUCCGGUUCGGUUGCCUUGUAUAUCUUCUUGUAUUCGAUCAACUAUCUGGUGUUCGACCUCAAGAGCUUGAGUGGACCCGUGUCGUCGAUGCUCUACUUGGGUUACUCGUUGUUUAUGGUCAUCGCGGUUAUGUUGGCGACGGGUGCAGUUGGGUUCUUAACGUCUUUAUUCUUUGUUCAUCGACUCUUUUCAUCUGUGAAGAUAGAUUAAUUGUAAUUUCACUUGAAUGUUGAACAUGAUCUUUUUGUUUGGGUUUUUGUAGCU